UAAGCCGACAGUAUGACCGUGUUGUCAGACUCUCUUCUAUAUUUCUUCCUCAGACAUUUAUUCACACACGUACAGACAUGGCUCGACUAGAUGUCACCGAAACCUUUCACGGCGUCAUGUUCCCUGGGCACAUGCAUACACAAGACUCACUGAAUUACGCCACCGACUUCAAUUUCCAGGACACAGACACUGUGAUUGCCACUUACCCAAAAUCAGGAACCACAUGGAUGCAGGAAAUCCUCACUUUAGUUUUGAGUAAAGGGGACCCAACUACAGCCCAAACUCGGCCCAACUGGGCCCGUGCCCCGUGGCUUGAGCAGUACUACUGUCCUGAAGUCCUGAAAUACUCCAGCGGGCCCCGCAUCAUCACCACACAUCUGCCCUAUCACCUGCUGGCCCCGGCCCUCAAACAAUCCAAAGCAAAGGUUAUAUAUGUGGCCAGAAAUCUCAAAGAUGUGGCGGUUUCAUAUUAUCACUUCCACAAGAUGGCCAACUUUCUGCCUGACCCCGGCUCUUUCUCUGAGUUUCUGAGUGCGUUCCUGAAGGGAACGGUGCAUUAUGGCUCUUGGUUUGAACAUGUCAAGGGCUGGACCAGUCACUCAAAAGACAUCCAGAACUUUCUUUACAUCACGUAUGAGGAAAUGUGUCAGGAUCUUCACGGCGCUCUUCAGAAAGUGAGUCGGUUCCUGCAGUGUUCUUUAUCUGAGGACGAGCUGGUCCUGGCUCAGAAGCACUGUAGUUUCAAUAGCAUGAAGGAAAAUGCCAUGGUGAACUACACCCUCAUCCCUCAGGAGAUCAUGGACCACAGCAAGGGCACGUUCAUGAGGAAAGGUAAAGUGGGAGACUGGAAGAACACAUUAACCGAGGAGCAGAGCUGUCUCGUCGAUGACGUCUACUCUUCCCAGAUGGCAGACUCCUCACUGCCGUUCAAAUGGGGAAUGGGAUUGGCCUAGGGAGACGAAGGCCUCGGAUAACCAUUUAUAAUCACAUUCUUCUCUCAUAACCACUCAUCACUGCCAAAAUCCUUCCUUUUACAUUUAGUAUUUCACACUGAAAUGCCCUGAUGUAAGCAAGCUCGGAAAAAAAUAAGCUGAUGUUUUUGAGUUC